GCUCAUGACACACUUUGUUUUGGUCUACAGGCAGUGCACAACAGCAAACAAUUUCGCUUUUUGCCCCUCUAAAAGACUGAAAAACAUAAUGUGACGUGAGGAGCAUCAGUUGUUUUGGAAGUCAUCAUGCUGAACAUCUCCAACGUAUUAUGGACAACUGCCCAGAGAAAUAUGACGAACAGAUUAUUAGUGAUGUCAGCACCACCACAUGCUGACUUCACCACCUGGGCUACAUUUGAAAUAAAGAAAUGUGAUGUCCACAAGCUGGAUGAAGCUCCGGCCGCUCAGGUGGUUCUGACUCGUGAUGAGGGUCUGCAGUACUACAGCACCAUGCAGACUAUUAGAUGUUUAGAGCUGAAGGCUGGACAGCUGUUCAACCAGAGGAUUAUCAGAGGUGGCUGCCACUUGUACAAUGGCCAGGAAGCCUGUGCAGUUGGUAUUGAAGCAGCAAUUAACUUAACAGACCACCUGAUCACUGCAUAUCGUUCCCAUGGCUUCACUUACACCAGGGGUGGGUCCCUUAAGAAAAUUCUGGCUGAGCUUGCUGGCCGAGCAGCAGGUAUUUCAAAAGGACGAGGAGGAUCCAUGCACAUGUACACUAAAACCUUCUAUGGAGGAAAUGGUAUUGUUGGAUCACAGGUUCCCUUGGGUGCCGGUUUAGCUCUCGCUUGCAAGUAUCAGAACAAGAGCGAGCUGAGUGUUUGUGUCUAUGGUGAUGGUGCGGCCAAUCAGGGUCAGGUUUUUGAAACCUUUAAUAUGGCAGCACUUUGGAAGUUGCCCGUCAUUUUUGUCUGUGAGAACAACAGGUUUGCUAAAGGUACGCCGAUGGAGCGAGCUUCUGCAAGCACAGACUUUUACAAGAGAGGAGACUUCAUUCCUGGUCUCAGGGUGGACGGGAUGGACAUUCUUUGUGUUCGUGAGGCGACCAGGUUUGCAGCUGAUCACUGUAAAUCGGGGAAGGGCCCCAUCCUACUGGAGCUUCAGACUUAUCGUUUUGCUGGACAUUUUGAGGGUGAUGCUCACCUAAGGUAA